AUGGCAGAUAUCCGUCUUCUGUACGCCGGGUUGGUGCCAUGCCUGAUCUACUUGUGGCUGUCGCUGCAAUCUCAAGUGCCGACGUGGACAUGGAAAUCUCCCGAUCUCCGCGGUAUACUGCUCGAUGAAGGUAAUCAGUGGUGCAGUGGAACCGCCGUCCGUUUCCCGGGCCAGGAAGGGUUUUCAGAGAUGACCGAUCGAUGGAACACCUUUGACGCGCCCACACAUUCCGCAGCCAUCAGCCCGGCCACCGAAGCUGAUGUGGUCAAGACGGUCUUGCUGGCAGCGAAGCACCGAGUGCCUUUCCUUGCAACCGGUGGUCGUCACGGCUACACAACCAGCCUUGGGCGCCUUCGAAACGGCCGCGCAAUUGAUCUUAGCGCUCUCAAUGAAGUUGAGGUGGACGAGUCGGCCGAGACCUUGACGGUCGGAGGGGGUGUGCGUUGGAGCCAGGUGCUCGAUCCCGUGUUCGACGCCGGCUUCCAGAUGCAGACUGGUAUAUGCUCCUGCCCAAGGGUUGUCGGUGUGACGCUCGGAGGGGGCAUCGGGCGCUACUCUGGCCGCUUCGGUCUGGUCAUCGACGCGUUGCUGUCCGUACGGCUUGUCACGGCGGACGGCCGUUUGUUGACUGUGUCCGAAAGCUCACAACCAGACCUGUUCUGGGGGAUCCGCGGCGCGAGCGGAAACUUUGGAGUCAUCACAUCGGCUACUUACAAGCUGCAACGAAUUGCCAGCGGCGCCGACCAUGGCCAAGGCCAUGUUUUGAUGGCCGACAUGGUGAUUCCGGCCGCACAGACUGCCGAGUACUUCAAGAUACUAGAGUUGUUCAACGACUCUAUGCCGGCAAACCUUGCAGUAUACUCCAUGAUCAUGUACAGCGAGGCCGCUAAUGAUGCCAAGGUCAUGACCAACUGGGUCUAUAUGGGCCCAGAGUCGGCAGGACGCGCAGCGAUGCAACAACUCCUCGACCUACAGCCGUCCCUUUCGUUGGUGAGGACGGUGCCCUGGUCCAAAAUCACGGCGUCGCAGGGGUUCGGCAUGUUGGAUGCCGCGUUCUGCCAGAGCGCCGUGGACCGCAGCGUUUACGGUGUGAAUGUCCGACAACUCCAUGCCGCGACUUACCAGACCGUCUUUGACAAGAUGAGGACCUUCUACAGAGAAUAUCCCGAAGCCUGCGGCAGCGCCAAAGCGUUGGAAACUUGGCCGAACCAGGCGACAUUGGCAGUGCCGGCCGAGGCCACCGCGUACCCGUGGAGGGACGCCAAGGAAAACUUCCUCCUCGUGUUCUCCUGGUCGAGCUCGAACCCCGACCACGGCGAGGUCUUGGCGGAGGCCUCGAACAAGCUCGGCCGCGAGCUUCGGAACAAUUUCUCCCAAACAUCGGGAUAUCCGGAGCUCUCCGUCUUUGUGAGCUACGCACAUAGCGACGAGACGGUCGAGCAGAUCUAUGGCAGAGACAAGCUGCCGCGCCUGGUGGCACUGAAGAAGAAGUGGGAUCCCCUGAACGCAUUCGCAUACAACAACCCGCUACCCACGGAUUACCCCGCAAAGAACGGCGAGUAA